AAAUGAAUUAAAUUUUCGAAAAAUUGCGCAGGAGCUUUAUAAAGACAACGCAACAGAACAUUCAAUAUACAUUUGUGAUUUAACCAAAGUGCAGCGGCAGUUUGAGCUUUGGCAAGAUUGUUUGCCAAAUAUCAAACCAUACUAUGCUGUGAAAACCAACAACGAUGCGCUGGUUGUCAAAACUUUGGCUGAACUCGGCGCUGGAUUUGAUUGUGCUUCAGUGGAGGAAAUGCAAAUGGUGCUUGAAGCUGGCGUAACUGGUGAUCGCAUUAUAUUUGCACAUCCUUGCAAGCCGCUGUCUCAUUUACAAUAUGCUCAACAGCAUCAGAUUAAUAUCAGCACUGUUGAUACCGAAUUUGAAUUAUUCAAGCUAAAACAACAUUUUCCAAAUUCAGACAUUGUUUUACGUUUUCGCAGCGAUGCCAAAAUUUGCGGCUGGCCAUUGGGUAAAAAAUUUGGCUGUGAAGCGCAGACGGAUACUGCAGCCUUAAUACUGCUGGCUAGAAGCCUUCAACUAAAGAUUGCAGGCACCAGUUUUCAUGUUGGCUGUGAGUGCGAAGACUUGGAGGCCUUUGUACGCGCCUUGAGCACAGCUAGAGAGCUCUAUGAUGUUGGCAAAAUGCUGGGCUAUGAUAUGAACUUUGUGGAUAUUGGAGGUGGUUAUCAUGGCGGUAACAAUGAGUUUUUCAAAAAGAUAGCCAAAACAAUCAGCAGCUCGCUUGAUCUAUACUUUGGCAACGAGCCCAUCAAGUGCAUAUCCGAGCCGGGUCGUUAUUUUGUUGAAGCUGCUUUUACACUCGUCUGCAAGAUUACGGGCAAACGUGAAAUGCGCAAUGCUCUUGGACAGCUGGAGAGCAUUAUGUAUUUUAUAAAUGAUGGCAAAUAUGGUUCAUUUAUUGAUACUGGCAGAGAUUUUAGCAAUGUCAUGUAUUUUUCGGAAAACCAUUUGGAGCAGCAAAAGUACAAAACAACUAUUUGGGGUCCAACAUGUGAUUCUACGGACAAGAUUGUUGAUAACUUGUAUCUGCCAAGACUACAUCGUGGAGAUCUGUUAGCCUUUCCGAAUAUGGGCGCCUAUACGUUAUGUCUGGCUUCAAAAUUUAAUGGCAUACCAUUGCCAAAAGUUGUUUACUAUCAGCAGCAGAACUAGAUUAGUUUAUAUGUAUUGCAUUUCUAUUAAACUGCUUUUUCAU